GCCCCGCUUGGCGCCUCGAAGUGGCUCAGCGCGUCCUCCUCUUGCCUUUCUCAUCCAUCCACCCAUCCACCCCAUCCCUCGCUGUGCAUCCCUUGUUCCCAUCCAUCCUCCUUCCUCCCCCUGUAGGUAGCCCGCAAUGCCUUCUUCACACCACGAAGACCAAGCACAUGAAGUGCCCAGCUUCUCUGCCAAGGCCUUUGGUCGGCUGCAGGUGCUCCACCCGAUUUCGCUCCUCAUCCUCAUCGCCUCGCUUUCCAUCUCGACGAUCGUGCUCAAGCCUUCACUGGACACGGUCGCACGGCUGCACCCGACCUUCUUUGCGCCUAACAAUGCGUGGCUGCUGGGCUAUUGGGCGCUGCUCCUCCUGCUACAGGUGGGCACUGCAUUGAGCGUGGCUCUGGCCUCUGGCGAUCAUACAAAGGCCCUUCUUACGAAUGGCAUGGGCCCGUACCUUCCCCUCGCCAACCUCUGCGUAGCAAUCUGGGCUCCCCUCUUCGUCGUCAAUACCCGCCCAGCAUUCAUCGCGGGAGAGGCCUUUCUCGGGGCUGCCCUUCUAGUCCUCCUGGCAAGCACCCUCGUCACCGGCGUACUUCGCUCGUACAGCCCCACCUGGCGUAGGCCCGUCGAGUGGCUCCUCGUCCAUCUGCCUAUCCGCCUCUUCCUCGCCGUCCUCUUGCAAAUCGACGUCUGGCAACAGGGAUUUAUCCUCUUCGGUCUGGCAGAGAGCCCGCACGACUUGAAGCAGACCAUCUGGCCUACAUUCAUCAUCGUCGUCUCAACAGGUGUGGCCGCGUCGCUGUGGACCUUUGCGACGACGGACCUCGCAACGGGAGGAGCAUCCAUCUUCCUUCAGCUGGCCCUCUUGUUCAACCGCAGACUGGCAGAGCAUCGCCCCACUGAGGUCUUUGCUGCUCACGUCCUCAGCAUUGCAUUGAUCGGGACGGGUCUCAUUGCGAGCGUGGCCUGGGGUCAUAUCAAUGGACAGCGUGCUGAGGAGCGUGAGGGCCGCAUUGCGCUGCCGAUUCAGCCACACGAGGAUGCCGCUGUGGCUGCUGCCGAGGCGGAGGCUGCUGCUGCUGAGCAGAGGGCUGCGGAGAGGAGGGAAGAGGCGCAGAGGCUGCGAGAGGAGGGUAGCGAGGAUGAGCCUACACCGAGCCAGUUGGAGCGCGGCGAAGGCAGCGGGAAGAGCAAGGAUGGGCCGGCCGUAACGCGUAAGCUGGGGCAUGACUGAGAGGAGCCCGAGCGAAGAGGAUGAUGUGUACUUGGGAGGCAGAGCAGUGCAGCAGCGGACAAACGCUUCGUAUCGUAACAAUGACACUUGGGAUUUGAACAACCUUGCACUUUGAAAAAGUCGUCAUGGUAUCGUCGCAACCUACAACUCGCCCUUCUCCGCCUGCUCAGCCUGCUCGACCGCCAACCUCGCCGCGGCCUUGAAAUCGUCCUCGAUGGUGAUCUUGAGGCCUGACUCGCGAAGCUGUGCGACAAAGCCGGAAGAGUAGCGCAAACACCAGUACCCAUCACCCGUACCACGAUGGGCUGCUUCAUGUCGUUCGCCCGAAUGGCGUCUAUUAUGCCGUCGGCAACGACGCUGUAGGAGAGCAGGGGAGGUUGUGUUGUGAGCCAAUGCAAGCACGCCGUCUCCCUCACACUUC